AUGAAAAUAUUUGGUGUUAACACCCCCUUCUCUAAACCAGGCUAUCCUCGAGCAUUGGUAGAGUACGAGAGCAAUGGAUUCUUCGACCAAACAACUCUACCUGGAAACAGUAUGAUUUGUGGAACUCAAACAGCAAAUGGAGCAGCUGCUUUUACUGCAGCUGCACAACAACUCCUACUGGAUCUACAAACAGCUACACCCAAAAUUCCUGGUUUCUUUGCAGCUACAAAGACACCAGUUUCUGGAACUGGAAAUGCAAUAUAUGCCAUUGCACAAUGUGCUGAAUCAGUCACUCAAAAUGGUUGUUUAGAUUGCUUGACAGUUGGAUUCAACAACAUACAGAGCUGUUUUCCUAACACAGAUGGUACAGCAUUUGAUGCUGGUUGUUUUAUGAGAUACUCAGAAACAUCUUUCUUUGCUGAUAACCAGACCAUUGAUAUUACACCCUUCCUUAAACAAGGUUCAAGUAACAAGGGAGCCAUUAUUGGUGGUGUUGUUGGAGGUGUAGUAGCCCUUAUUGUGAUCCUCAUUGCACUAUUUGUUUGGCUUAGGCUCUACAAGAAACCCAAGAGACAUCAUAGAGGUGACAUAUUAGGAGCAACUGAGUUGAAAGGUCCACUUACUUACCGAUAUAACGAUUUGAAGUCUGCAACAAAAAAUUUUAACGACGAAAAUAAACUAGGAGAAGGAGGUUUUGGAGAUGUAUACAAGGGAACUCUGAAAAAUGGUAAAGUAGUUGCUGUCAAGAAAUUGAUUUUAGGUCAUUCUGGGAAGAUGGAUGAACAAUUUGAAAGUGAAGUGAAGCUCAUAAGUAAUGUUCAUCACAGGAAUUUAGUUCGACUUCUCGGAUGCUGCAGUAAAGGCCAAGAGAGAAUCCUUGUUUAUGAAUACAUGGCAAACAAGAGCCUUGACAGAUUCUUAUUCGGUGAAAAGAAGGGUUCCCUUAAUUGGAUUCAAAGAGAUAUAAAGACUAACAACAUCCUCUUGGAUGAUGAUCUUCAACCUAAAAUUGCUGAUUUCGGGUUGGCGAGACUUUUACCAGAAGAUCAAUCUCAUCUCAGCACGAGAUUUGCAGGAACAUUGGGAUACACUGCACCAGAAUAUGCAAUCCAUGGUCAGUUAUCAGUGAAGGCUGAUAUCUACAGUUUUGGUGUUGUAGUCCUAGAAAUCAUAAGUGGCCAAAAGAGUAGCGAGUUAAGAGAUGAUGCUGAUGGGGAAUUCCUUCUUCAAAAGGCUUGGAAACUAUAUGAGAAAGAAAGACACUUGGAGUUAGUUGACAAGACAUUGAACACUAGUGACUAUGAUGCACAAGAGGUGAAAAAAGUUAUAGAGAUUGCAUUACUUUGCACUCAAGCAACAGCUGCUACAAGACCAACUAUGUCUGAAGUACUAGUUCUACUCAAAAGCAAGAGUUUUGUGGAGCAUAUGAAACCAACCAUGCCUGUGUUUGUUAACACUAACUUAAGACCUCGGACAGAUACCUCUACCUCAACUGCUUCUUCAACAUCUAAUGCUACUGUUUCCACUUCUAUAUUAUCAGCUAGGUGA